UGGUUAUAUUGCAGUGCAGAGCAUAGUGUAUGAAUCUUCACGAUCACAAAUUUUUAAAUUAAAUGCAAAAUAUUUAACAAUUCAUAUUCUUUGGCGCAUAUGUAAAUGUAGAGCAGAGCACAUUAUUAUUGUAAUAAACUUUAUUGUUGACGGUAUUUAAAGUGAUAACAAGGUUAGGUUGAAGUGAUUACCUUUUGCACUUUUAUUGAUAAACGUUACCUAGCCUAUAUAACUGUUCAUUCCUUUUCCGUCAUCCAUUGUUACUUCACGUGUAUCAUGUCUCGAUAUUCUAUAUAUAUUUUAUUUCAAUUUAUAAUUUCGGCUUCUUGUUUCUUACACCGGUAUCCAAAGUUAAAUCUUAAUACCCAAGUACAUGGAGACCCAGGAGCACCUUUAUUUCUUACUCCUUACAUCGAGAGCGGCAACAUAACGGCUGGCAGGCUACUAGCUCGAGUGCCAUUUACGGAAAGUCUACGCAUAAAAAGCUAUGCCGGCUUCUUCACAGUUGACAAGAAAUAUGACUCUAAUCAGUUCUUUUGGUACUUCCCAGCGAUGAUACCUAACAACAAAAACGCACCAGUUAUAGUUUGGCUGCAAGGUGGACCCGGUGCUUCGUCGUUAUAUGGACUUUUCACAGAAAAUGGACCUUUGAGAGUGAGAGAUGAAAAAUUUGAACGUCGCAAGUACAAUUGGGCUCUAAGCCAUCAUGUUAUUUAUAUUGAUAACCCAGUUGGUACUGGAUUUAGCUUUACAAAAGAUCCCAAAGGUUAUUGCAAUAAUGAGACUCAGGUUGGUGAACAACUUUAUUCAACUAUCACACAAUUUUUCCAGUUAUUCCCUGAGUUACAAGAGAAUAAAUUUUUCAUAACAGGGGAAUCUUAUGCUGGAAAAUAUGUUCCAACCUUUGCCUAUACAAUUCACAAAAAGAAUCCAACAGCAAAGACUAAAAUUAAUCUAAAAGCUAUAGCAAUUGGCAAUGGUCUCAGUGAUCCAGAACAUCAACUGGUUUACAGCAAAUAUUUGUACCAAAUCGGUCUGCUAGACUGGAAUCAAGCCAAUACUUUUAGAGAAUAUGAAAUGAAAGGCAUUGAAUAUAUUCAGAAGAAGCAAUGGGACAAAGCAUUUGAGUUAUUUGACACUUUAUUAAAUGGAGAUUUAAUUGAUGGCAAGAGCUUAUUCUAUAACAUGACAGGUUUUGAAUUCUACUUUAAUUACUUACACACCAAAGAUUACAUAGAUUUUGAAGAUUUUGGUCCUAUGUUACAAAAGGCUUUUGUAAGAAAAGCAAUACAUGUUGGUAACUUAACAUUCCACACAGGUCAUGAAGUUGAGGAACAUUUAAAAGAAGAUUUGAUGAAAUCUGUAGCACCAUUGAUGACUGAGCUUUUGGAUCAUUACUAUGUCCUUAUUUAUAAUGGUCAACUUGAUAUAAUUGUUGCCUAUCCAUUAACAAUUAACUACUUAAGGAAUCUCAAUUUUACUGGAUCUGAAGAUUAUAAAACUGCUAAGAGAUAUCAGUGGAAAGUAGAUGGAGAAUUGGCUGGUUAUGUGAAGCAGGCUGGCAAGCUGGUGGAAAUUAUGGUGAGGAAUGCAGGCCACAUGGUUCCUGGAGAUCAACCUAAGUGGGCAUUAGACAUGAUUACCAGGUUGACUCAUGAGAAAACCUUUUACUAAUUUUAAUGAUUCUAGUUUAUUUUUUGUAAUAUUUUAUAAAUAAUGAAUCUGUUUGAUUAAGCUAUAGUUAUAAGUUUUUAAAUAAUGUUAUGUGAUAAACACUUGUUCAAUUCUUUAAGUUACUAUAGAUUUCCACUGUUGAAUGUUUCAACUUGAAACAAGUUUGUUCAUCCCACUUAAUUGUGUAAAAAAAAAAUAACAUAGGUAAUAAUAAUUAUGUUGAUGAGAUCAUGUGUAACAUUUGAGUCAAUAAAGAUGUUAGUUAUAAUGAUGUUUUUAAUAUCACCAGACAUAACUGAAGUU